UACAGUAUUAUUGUAAAGCAAUUAUGACCCAAAAGAACUCCAAUGAAAAGCGGCUUGCAGCAUUACAAAAUAGAAAGCUGACUCAGUCCUCCCAAAAUGAACUUGUUCGUAAUGCAUUGUCUGACAAAGCUGUCAGCAAGAUUACCAAGUUCAGUGAUUCUGACGAUGAUGACACACAAGACGACCAAAAAAUGACUGACAUUCUUCAUGAUGUUGAUGAGGAAGAAGAUGUUUGCUUUGCUGUCAAGCCACAAUUCUUGGGUAAAAAGGGUGUAAAACUUAUGACAAUGCAAAGUAAAAUAGGUUCAGAUGAUAGAUUCCAGCUCGAUACUCGGUUUGAGUCUGGCUCAGACAGUAACACUGAUUCUGAAGAUGAUGAAACAAGAGAAAUGAAUAAUGAAAGACAAACUUUGUACAACACAAUGGAUUCUGUGUUGGGUGGCCUUGGUAUAACUGCUAAACCAAUAACAGCGGCAGAAAACCAGCACGUCGUUGAUCAGUAUGUAAGGUUUGAUCCAACUGAUGUCAACCAUGAGAAAUUUUUAGUUUCUCACAAAGCUCCACUAGAAGCUGAUGGUCCUGUUGAGGAGACAAUUCUGGGGCAUGAUUCAAAUAACAAAGAAGAUGAAACAAAAGCAAAAGAUAAGAUUGAUCACAUGCCAAUAGUUGAUGAAAGUACAUUCUUUGAAGUAAAAACUGAUUUUAAUAAGACUAUUGCUGAUAACACAAGCAAUUCCAACGGUUUUAGUUUCAAAUUUGAUUUUGCUAUUGAGAGUUCACAAACUAAUGUCCAAGAGAGUGAUACAAAUCAGGCCCAAGCACAGGACUUCUCAAUUAAAGAACUUCAACGUGAUUCUUCCGAUGAAGAAGAAACAAUUGACACUAAAACUUUUAAUAAAGAAUCUGUAAAACGUCAACAAGACAACUAUUUCUUUUACAGCAUAAACCCCUUAUUUAGAAAGGGUCCCAUUUCUCAGUUCAAGAGAACUAAAACUAUGGAAGAAAUUGAGCAAGAUUGGAUAUCCCAGAGACAACAGCUUACUGCAGAAUACAAGAAGAGGCAUAAAGAUGCUGUCAGGUUUCAGAAGAAGUUUAUUGCUAAAACCUGACUUGAAAUUUUUAACUUCUUAACUUACAAGGGUAUUUAUUUGAUUUUUUAAUAAAGGUUUUUAACUCAUUUAGCUCUUAUCAAAGUGCAACAAGAAUUUGUUUGUUUUACUUUCAUUCCAUCCUAUAGUCAAGCUCAUACUCUGAGGUUUUUAUUUGCAGCGCUGAGACCGAUAAUGUGGCUAUUUUCUCGCAGUAUUUUACAGAUUUCAAACAUAAAUUAAUGGAUUAAGUUUGUAUGAAGUUGUUAGAACUAUACUAACGAAAACAUGGUUUGGUAAUUUAAACCUAUUCAGUAUCCAAGUAGGCUGAGCACUUACGGUAGAUAUCGAACAGUCUUUAGUAAUAACUUUACCCUUGUGUCUAUCCUUCUGUCUACCCUUAGUGGUCGGGCUUUUUGGGUACUGAUCAAUUUUUUUAAAAACAAUUGGACAUGUGAUUUAUUUAAUUUACAGCAGUGAAAGUUGUGUACCAAUAUUUUAA